AUGAACUUUUUUCAACUCCUGAUGAAAAAGAAGGAACUUAUUCCUUUGGUGGCGAUUAUGACUUUUGCAGCAAGCGGAGCCACAUCUUUUGCUGUGUAUUCCCUUGGAAAAACCGAUGUGAUCCUUGAUCGAAAAAAAAAUCCAGAACCUUGGGAACAUGUGGAUCCUACUGUACCUGCAAAGCUUGUAACAAUCAACCAAGAAUGGAAACCCAUUGAAGAGCUGCAGAAGGUCCGAAGGGCGACCAGAUGA